CGGCAAUCCAUUCUCCUUUUAAUCUUCCUCUUCCGCCAGCGAUCGAAGUUGCGCCAUCAAAGCUGGUUAUGCAUGGCGCGCUGCUCCACUGUCGCUUGACGGCGUAGUACAGAACGAUAAAACGAAAUUUUGUCUUCUCCGUCGUGUCUUCGGGAUCAGAUCUAAUAGUUGGCGCCUUGGUUUGCUCAGAUUUGUUUCGUUGUGCUGAAUUGGGCGAUGGUUUUGAGGAGAAUUUAGGGGGAUUCUGUCUUAGGGUUUUUGGGGCGGGCACAUUCUUCGCUGGUGGGGGAAUGGAGAACGGGAGGAGAUCUGGCCAGCCGUCGGGGUACUUAGUGAAGAGCAAGGGGCCUUCGGGGUGUUUGAUUGUGAGGAAGAAAGGGAGUGAUGGCGUGGGAGGGGCGGGUUCUUCCGGUUCGAGGAGGCUUUUUGAAUCGAAGAAGGAGAAGAAGAGGCCGAGGUUGGAUUUCAGCGAUUCCGGGUCCAGUGACGAGCUGUUAAUGCGUUCACAGCCAAGGUUGGCGCCUGAUACUUCUCGGAUUCGUAAUGGCGUGAGUGGUUUUGAUGCGGGCGUUGAGGGCAAGAGUGGGGUUGCUAGGAAGAGGAGCAAGGGAGAGGGUGGUAGGCGUAGUGAGAUGGAUGGCAUUGUCAGGGAUAGUUUGAUUGACCGGACGAGGACCAGGUUAGAUGUGUAUGAUUUAGAUGAUCAUGAAGGUAGGCGGGGUGGAAUUGAUAGUCGGAGGUUUUAUGGCUCAAUGUCUGUGGGUAGAGGUAGCAUUGAAAGAGAUUACGAUUCUGGUUCAAGUAGAGAUGCUCUUCGUGGGAAUAGACAGGCUUCGUAUUUCGAGAGGGCUAGUGGUUUCACUCGGGGCAAUCCUUCUGCUAGGGAGGGAGUUCGGCUGCCGGCUCCAGUUCUGAGGGAUGACUAUGAAUCAGAGCAACCAAUUCGGGUUCAAGGUAAAAAUGGAGUUUUAAAGGUUAUGGUGAACAAGAAAAAAAAGUUUGGUGGGUCUCUCAAUGGUCACAGUGCCAUGGAGCUUGAGGAAGUAAGGAAGGCUGUGAGGACUAAAGAAUUUUCCAACAAGAACGUUCUUAUGCACCCUUCAUAUUACACGGAGUCUAAAAUGAUUGACAAAGCAAUUCCAUGUAUUGGCAGAGAGAAGAAACCGAUGAAUCUGCUGAAUUCGAUGAAAAGUGAAGAAGAUAAUGUGAGUGACCAGGACUCUGGUGAUAGUGGUAUUUUGUUGACAAAGAAAGGAAAUAUGAGAGCCAAGUUUGCAGAACCUAGCAAUUCCCAGAAGAUGCUGUUCUCUACAAAGGCAAGUGUGAGCACUGGCAUGAAUUCUGAUGACAGUGAUACUUCCUUGAAGCUGCGACCAAAGAGCAGUGGAGGUCUUAGAUCAAGAUCGGGGACAAGCGUUGGCGAUGAGAAAACCACGCCUGGUAAGCUCCUACCAAGCAAAGUCAAUGAAGGCAAACUUAAGCGUGGUUCUGGCACUGAAAAGCAAAAGUUGCGUGAAAGAAUUAGGGGGAUGCUUGUAGAUGCUGGCUGGACAAUAGAUUACAGGCCUAGGAGGAACAGGGACUAUUUGGAUGCAGUUUACAUAAGCCCUGCAGGAACUGCUUACUGGUCCAUCAUCAAGGCGUAUGACGCACUUCUUAAGCAGUUGAAUGAAGAUGAAGAGGUUGUAAAGGCUAAGGUGGAAUGUUCUCAAAUUACACCAUUACCAGAUGAGCUACUCAGCCAACUUACAAGGAAUACUAGGAAGAAGAUGGAGAAGGAAAUGAGAAAGAAACAAAGAGACAGCCGCCAGAGUGAGAAUGCAAGCGAAGCUUUAGCGCGGAAGGCGUCAAGCAGCAGGUAUGAUGAGGAGAGUAUGGACAGCCAUAGUCAGGAAGAGAAAUUGAGCUCAUUCAUAAAGCAAAGUGGCAAUUCAAUUAAGGGUAAAUUGCAUUGUAAUAGUUCCACCAGUGUAACCUCUAAGGGUCACCAUUCGAUGCAUACUUUGCAUGUCAACGGUGACAAAUUUUCCUCUGGACACAAUAGUCACCAUGGCAGGAAAAGCAGAAAAUUAGGUAGAUGCACCUUACUAAUCCGGAGAUCAAACCAGGGUCUGAACUCAGAUGGUGAUGGUUUUGUACCUUAUACUGGGAAAAGAACACUGCUCUCUUGGCUAGUUGACUCUGGAGCUGUGCAGUUGAGUCAAAAGGUGAGAUACAUGAAUAGGAGGCGAACCAAAAUUUUGUUGGAGGGCUGGGUAACACGAGAUGGCAUCCAUUGUGGCUGCUGUAGUAAAAUCCUUACAGUUUCAAAGUUCGAGAUCCACGCAGGAAGUAAACUUCGACAACCCUUUCAAAAUAUAUAUCUGGACUCUGGGGUUUCCCUUUUGGAUUGCCAGAUUGAUGCAUGGAAUAGGAAAGAGGCUUCUGAGAACAUUGGUUUUCACUCGGUGGAUAUUGAUGGCGAUGAUCCAAAUGAUGAUACUUGUGCUCUUUGUGGUGAUGGUGGGGAUUUGAUAUGCUGUGAUGGUUGUCCAUCUACAUUUCAUCAGAGCUGCCUGGGCAUUGAGAUGCUGCCUCCGGGUGUUUGGCGUUGCCCAAAUUGUACAUGCAAGUUCUGUGGGUUGGCCAGUGACAAUCUUGUUGAUGAAGAUGAUCCAACUGUUUCGGCUCUUCCGACGUGCAGCCUCUGUACCAGAAAAUAUCAUGAAUCAUGCAUCAAGGAUAUGGAUGCUGCUACUGUUGAAGGUGAUAGUUCUAAAUCUUGCUUCUGUAGCCAAAAAUGCAGAGAGCUCUUUGACCAAUUGCUAAAGUAUCUGGGCGUCAAACAUGAGCUGGAAGCAGGAUUUUCAUGGUCUCUUAUUCGGAGAACAGACUUUGACCUGGAUAUAUCUCUUCAGGGACUUCCUCAGAGGGUAGAGGGGAAUUCAAAGCUUGCUGUGGCUUUCUCUGUUAUGGAUGAAUGCUUUUUGCCAAUAACUGACAGAAGGAGCGGGAUCAACUUGAUCCAUGGUGUUCUUUAUAAUUGUGGGUCAAACUUCAAUCGACUCAACUACAGUGGAUUCUUUGCCUUGAUUUUGGAGAGGGGUGAUGAAAUCAUUUCUGCUGCAUCCAUAAGAUUGCAUGGGACAGAGUUAGCCGAAAUGCCCUUCAUCGGAACUCGCCACAUAUAUAGACGUCAGGGAAUGUGCAGGCGUCUUUUUAGUGCUGUUGAAUCGGUACUCCACUCAUUGAAGGUUGAGAAGCUAAUUAUUCCUGCGAUUUCUGAGCUAAUGCACACAUGGACGGAGGUAUUUGGGUUCACUAGCCUUGAUGAAUCCCUUAAGCAAGAUCUGAAGUCCAUGAAUACGAUGGUGUUCCCUGGUGUGGAUAUGCUUCAGAAACAGUUACUUCAGCAGGAACAUGUGGAGAAAAUGAACACUAAUGAAGGUGUGAAAGAGAUGGGAUCCAACGGUGAUAAAUGUAUGGACAAUGGUUCUGCGGAUAGUGGUUCAGCUGGAGAUUAUCUCAAUGAAAGUGACAGUGGUGGUCUCGAGCUUGAUAAUGGUGAAGCAAAAGUGGGAGAAUUGUCUAGGGAAAAAUCUGAUACAUCGGGUCUAGAUGCCUCUGCACACUCUACAAAGAGUUUCUUAGAUGCACCCCACAAGAUUAAGCAUAGCGUCAGCUCAGAUUCCGGACUAGUGGACAAGAAGUUGGAUAAAUCCAGAAUAUCCAAUCUGAAAUCAGCUGCUGGGGAGAAUGGCGAUAUCUCUUCUCAUGCUCAUCCCGAUAACCAGUUUCUUCUUCCCAUUUCUUCAGACAAUGUUUCUGGAAUGAGCGCUUCACCAGAUGCUUCUCAUGGGCAUAAACAACCCGUAAAUGGCGAGGAAGCUAAUUGUGUGGAUGAAUCAGCUUCUGUUGCUAACCAUUUGAGGAUGCCUAAUGUUACGAGCAGUCGGAGAGAAAAAGUCACAGAGGCGGUACACAACUUGGGGGAGAAUGGAACUGAUGAUGCCCAAGCGUUCAAUCUAUUAAGCGAGUCUACAUCCGAGGAUGAAUAUAAAGGUUCAUUCUCUACUGAACAGACUAAAUCCUCAAGUGAUUUCCAGAAAGACUCUGAGCCCACCAAUGUUGACGCUCCCCAGGAGGAAUAUCAAGUGGGGUCAGGCCUUGAAGCUACGAACCAUCCAGAAGCAAGUUAUGAGCAUGGUUUCGACACUGAUGCUAGUGAAGGUUACAAUGAUUGCUUGAUGAAAGAUUUACCAGAUCCAGCACUAUCAGUCUUUGCGAACGACCGAACAAUUUUUACCUCGUGGACGAUCUUCUCUUGGCCCCUCCAAUUGCUAAAAUACUCUCUAAUGGAUUCCUUGGCUGCGUCGGCGUUCUGUCUGAACUUGGCAUUGUCCUUGGGAUCCUCCUGCAGCGACUCUCACAGCAUCUUCACCACCUCUCUAGCCGAAUUCAGGCAAGGUCGUCGGGAUCCAGUACGGAGACAGACUGGAUAUUGCCGAAAUAGCACCGGCGAGCAAGACUCGCCGACGAGUCUCCGCAACUUGAUUCUGUCGCAGCUGCUUAUCUGUGAAAGCGACGAUGAAAUCGUCAUCUGGAAAUUCGAUUCGGAAGCAGGGAGUGGUAUGAACGGAAAGGCCGCAAAACUCGCGGCGGUCGGCGCCAUUGUUCUGCCGUCGAUUCCAGUUCGGCAGCUGGCUCCAAUCGCGCGCUUCAGGUCGGAUAUCUCAGCUUACGUCAUUUUCUUCUUCGAAUCUAUCCGAAUGGAAAUGGACAUAGCUGUUAUUUUGAGGAAUCGUGAAGGUCAAGAGACGAGAUCUCUCACUCGCGCUCCUCUUUCCUCUGCUGCCGUAAUUCAGACGCCGGUGAAUUUUGAUUCCAGCAAUCGGCGGCAGUUUUCCCGGUCUUGCAGGAAUCCUCUCCUAUUACCGGAUAUGACUAACAGCUCCCAGCAAAAAUCCUCUUCCUUGAAGCCUUCCUCCUAUGCUUCCGCGUCGCAGAGGAAAUCUCGCUGGGAGUCCUCUUCCUCCGCCGCUGCUGACGCCAGCAAUCCACCGUCGGGAUCGAAAUCCAACCUGCCUAAACCGGCUAAACCUCAUUCCAAUUCCAAACCCUCGCCGAAGCUGAAGACAGGGCCGUCUCCCAAGCCUACCGCUCCUCCGGAAGCUCUUGCUCCGCCACCAGGUGCAGCCUUCCCUUUCCCUGACUUCGGACCUCCUCCUACUCCCACCUAUGGCUUCCACAUGCUGGAAAGACGGACCAUUGUCCUUGCAGACGGUAGCGUUCGGUCCUACUUUGCUCUUCCCCCAGAUUACCAGAACCUCCCUCCUUCCCGUUUCGUGACCCCUCGUCAGCUUCCAACCGGCGGGGAUCUCAGAUUCCCGCCAAUGAGUCCUGAAGGUUUAGGGUUCCGUGAUGGCAAUCAGGGUCGAGAUCAAAACCACAGCGCCGCUAUGAAGAGGAAGCACGCUGGAGGAGGGGAGGACGAGUUCAAGUUCAGCGACAACCCGAACGGGUUUCAUUCAGCUGGGGCCGGGCCAAACAGUCCUUUUAUGAGGGGUGAUGAACUGAGGCCAGGGAAGUUUAUGAGGAUUGGUGGUGACAGCGCGGGAAUGAUCCAUAAGCACCUUGAAGUGGACCAGAACAAGCUAAAGACGGCUUUUCUACACUUCGCGAAAGUGAUUAAUGACAGUGAAGCAGAGAGAAGGCGUUAUUUAGAGAACGGCAAGCAUGGACGGAUACCUUGUGUCGCUUGCAACAGGUCGAAAGAUUUUCCAGAUGUGCAUGCUCUUAUAAUGCAUACAUACAACUCAGAAAAGGCUGAAUCUCGUGUGGAUCACUUGGGUUUACACAAAGCCCUGUGUGUUUUAAUGGGAUGGAACUUCACCAAGAUUCCUGAUAGUUCAAGGGCCUACCAGUUCCUACCUGCCCAUGAAGCAGCAGCAAACCAGAACGAUGUGAUUGUGUGGCCGCCUUUGGUGAUUAUUCAUAACACAGUUACAGGAAGGGGUAAAGAUGGGCGCUUGGAAGGUUUGGGAAAUAAAGUCAUGGAUGGCAAAAUAAGAGCUCUUGGAUUUCCAGGUGGCAAGUCCAAGUCACUGUAUGGAAGAGACGGUCAUCAAGGAAUGACGCUCGUAAAGUAUAGCGGUGACAUGUCAGGCUUGAAGGAGGCCGUGCAGCUGUCCGAUCAUUUUGCGGUGCAGAAUCAUGGGCGAAUCACAUGGGAACGUAUACAACCGGUGACUUUAGGCAGGGACGACGACGAGCGGAAUCCAAACUUCGUGAAGGUGGACCAUCGCAGUGGGGAUAAGACGAGGAUUCUGUACGGGUAUCUUGCCACAGCUGCUGAUCUUCACAGGUUGGAUUUCGAGACGCGGAGGAAGGUCACGAUUGAGAGCCUUCGAGAAUACCAGCAAGUCAGUCAUCCUCGUCCUCGAUAACAGGAUCACUCAGAGGUAACAAAGAGCUGUAUUCGAACUUUGAUAUUUAUCCCAUUUGCGAUUCAAAGGCACCGGUCUAUAAUCUGUGUGUUGGUCAAUGAUGAUCGUUGUAUUUUAUCAGAAUUUGAGGUGGUAUUUAGGAAUGACCAGAUUGCAUAGAGAGCUUCAGAUGUAUCAUCUUAAUUCAUUUCAUAAGCCUGCCUUUAGUUAGUCCUUAUCACUAAACGGGUGGUGCGUGGUG